CUCUCCCCCCCCCCCACCUCUGGCGGGCUUUGCUCUGGCCGACCCCGAGCGCAGAGCACCCCCCGAAUGCAGCAUGGCCCUCGAGUAUAUAAACCGGCGCCUGCUGGCCCUGAGCGCCAGCCCUUCCGGUCCCAGCCAUCCAUCCUAUGACAGCUCUCCCAGAUAGCUAAGGCGUUGGCAAAGCAAGAUGCAGAUCUUCGUCAAGACCCUCACCGGCAAGACCAUCACCCUCGAGGUCGAGCCCUCUGACUCCAUCGAUGCCGUCAAGGCUAAGAUUCAGGACAAGGAGGGUAUCCCCCCUGAUCAGCAGCGCCUGAUUUUCGCCGGCAAGCAGCUCGAGGACGGCCGUACCCUCUCGGACUACAACAUCCAGAAGGACUCCACCCUCCACCUUGUCCUCCGCCUGCGUGGUGGUGCCAAGAAGCGCAAGCGCAAGACCUACACCACCCCCAAGAAGAUCAAGAAGACCCCCAAGAAGGUCAAGCUUGCCGUCCUCAAGUACUACAAGGUUGAGGGUGGUGCCGUCACCCGCCUCAACCGCGAGUGCGAGUCCCCCACUUGCGGUGCUGGUGUCUUCAUGGCCAACCACAAGAAGCAGAACCGCAUCUACUGCGGCAAGUGCGGUCUCACCCUCAUCGCCAACAAGAAGUAAGUGCCCCCUCCUUCCCCCCCCGGUGGAGAUACUUCCUUCCUUGAGCGAGAGAGGCGUGUGCCUUCACUCUCCUGCCUUGCGCACGUGCAUUGAGUGGCUCUCCCUCUCUCCCCCCCACUGCCACACAAUGCUCGAGUCCCUUUCCCUUGUCCUGCCCCCGUGCGCAUCUCCCCCUCUUCCGCGCGCCCCCUCCCCCCUCCUUCGGGAGAGACGCAGAGGGAGUGAGCAUGCGUGCGUGCCGGUUGCCGUCCAAUAAAUUGGCUCGUUGUGUGCAGGCGCACUGGCCUCCCUUUCCCCUUUCCAGGGGCCGGGGGGGACUGGGCCGCCUGCACGCGCGUGCGUUUGACAAACA